GAAAAAGUGCUUUUUAUUCCUGCUUUAGUCUUUUCGAUGUUGUGCUAAAUUGGAUAUUAAAAGGCCUUGAGUCUUCUAGUCCUGGCCAUUUACACCUAAAAAUUUGGCGCUAAUAACGACGAUGAAGCGACAUGAUACAAUGAAGCAGGCACGGCGGAAGAUAUAUUUCCAGGGCUAUUUGUAUUAACAUGUUUCAAAAUUGACGGGGCGGAAACAGCGAAUGUUCUUAAUCUCCCAAUUACAGGAAGGUUUUGGAGUUUUCCCCGAAGUCUGGGGAAUUUCUACAAACCUGGGUAAAUUUUGGGGGUUCUGUGCCGUUUCAUCAAAAUUUUCUAUUGCGGCUUCCCCAAAAUGUCUUAAAAACGGACAAACUUUUCCCCAAAAUAGGGAGAUUAGGUUCACUAACUCUAAAAUACUAAACCGUCAUGUUCCUGGGACAUAUUCGUUAAGUUCCUCUUCAAAAACUUAUUAGCUUCAAUUACUUAUUUAGAGAACCUCGCGUUCAUUUCAGCCCAGUUUACCUCCUACUGUCUGCUCAGGUCUGAUGUUUGACAGAAGGUAUAUAGGUUGGUCACAAAUGGUUAGGUCUGAUGUACUAGUUAUUCACUCGGUAGUAAAAGUGUCUGAAUGACAAAGAUUAAUUCAACUUGGCCUACGCCAUUCCACUCCCAUUGCGGUUUCUCUAGUUAAGCUUCAGUCGUUUGCAAAAUGAGUUUGUUGUAAAUUAUUGCUAAACACAUCACAUAUCAGGACUGUCUGCAGUUUAGUGCCCACGUCGUUAAGUUGGUUUAAUGUAUAGUAAGUUAGAGUAUUUUCGAAAUGAUGCCAAGAGUCGGGCUUGGUAGUCAGGUCUUAGCUGGUUGAAGAGUAACCUACAUAUUAAUGUCCUCCAGUCACCUAAAGGAUUUCACCAUGCUAUUUUCUAUGUCCAUAAUUUGUGUACAACCACUCUGUCACAAAAGACCUACCCUUUUGGUUAGUUGUCUUGUACUCGACUCCAGAUAAUUGGAAGGCUUGAAUAGUUGAGUCGUCCUCGUAAGUAACCACUUCUCAACAUAUCGCAUCACUGCAUAUUGUUUAUCAAUCAACGUCCGUUUUAUCCAUUUUGCGAGUCGGAAUCGUUUCAUCAAUCACUUAAAUCCCCUACUACAUUCUCUGUAGCCUGCAUCUGUUUAAUCUAGCACGAUAUGAUGACUAAAGUAUGAAAAUCUGCCUGAUUUCCUCAGCUCUAUGUUUUCGCCCUAGUAGAACGUCGAAAGCAUAAUCUACCAAGUCGCUAUUUUGGUAUCCGUAUGUUCUAUACUACGUGGUUCAUCCUAGAUCUUGCUAUGUUUAGUGUUAGAAAACUUCUGUAUUUUUACAUCAGAGAUUUUAAAACAUCACUUAUUCCAAGAGAAACGUCCACUGUUUAGUCCUUCGUCUGUCGCUAUAAAUAUGUGUUGUCGCCAAAGGGCUAACUUUUUGUCUUUUUGGUUUAAAUAGAUCUUAUACAUAUUGGUUUGACUGAACUGGCAGUUUAGUUGUGUAUUUCGUCCCACGUAUGGAAGAUUGAAUUUUGAUUUUCUGUCGUCGAACAUUUUAAAAAGGAACCUCAAAAAUUAACAUUCUUUAAAUCCUCAGAUGAUAUAUAAUAUAGUUGAUUUUAUGUUUCUUAAAUUGAACUAUCGUAUAUUUAUUUUCGUUAUUUUGUCAUCUAAACAAGCAUUGGUAGAAGAAGGUACCAAGUGUAUAUACACCACACUUCGUCGUUUGAUUUGUGUGAGGGCUGGGAUACUGCCCUGGCGCCCAAACCGAGGCAGAUGAUUUUCUUGGGAACCACAGGCCGAGCCUUUAACCUAGAGGUCUAAUGCACAACAUAGUAGAACAACGUUAGGAGAUGCUGCCCCAUGGUAGCCAAUGACAAGCAAUAGGUUCAUACGCCGUUUGUUCCCUUAGGAUCCUGGAGCCUAUAUGCACCAUUAGUUUGUAACUAGGGUUUUCCAACUCUCCUGGUUGAAUCCUCCAUAUCCAUAUAUCGCAAAUAGGCUACAUAACUGGUAGCAUCUGAAAAAUAUUUUUCAUUUCGUAAUUUGGCUUUUAAAUUUUUCUAGAAAUCGCGUAGAGUAGUUUUGAUAGGAGAAUUGCGUAACUUCAUCUCAUGUUACACAAUACUGAUUGGUCAUCUCGCAAACAGUUUACCUGACAGCUCUAAUCUCAUCGACCAAUCAAAUGUAAGCAAAUCCCUUGUCUUAAGAUUGUUUGGCUACUACUGUUUAUUCAGUUAAGUUUAUUUUCUUAUGAACGUUUCGUCCCUUCAAACUUGGCAUUCAAACGCGGAUUUAAAUUCAGCUCUUCCAUUCCAGUCCAUCAUCAAUGUAGUUUAUCGUACGGAUUUGCCAGAUAACCAUAUUCGAAGUUCGGAUGAAAAUGAAAUGCUUUGCAAAGAUCAGUUUGUGUGCACUUCGUUAGUCCCAUUUAGUUAUCAUUUAAGUUUACUUUCAUUAAGCACACUACCAAAUGAAAAGAGAGUUCUUACUGAAGUCCCAACCGUAGUUGACUCCAGUCGUUUUGAAUCAAAAAAGGCAAGGUUAGAUAGUACAUCAUCGAAUUCUUUGCCGGAAUCCCGUGUUCUCCACAUCCGUGGCUUACCAUCCGAUGUGAAUGAGCUCGAAGUUUCAACGUUAGCUAUACCAUUUGGCUCAAUCGCCAAUAUGAUACUAACAAGAAAAAAUUGUCAAGCAUUAAUUGAAAUGGAUACUUUGGAGUCGGCAGAAUCUAUGUUUGGCUACUAUACAGUAAUAUGUUCUCCGAUUCUACGUGGAAAAUAUCCCCUAGAAGUUCAAUUUAGCAAAUAUUCUUCUCUCACUAACUCAAUGACUAAUAAUGCUGCUACAUCUGCUGUCGAAGAAGCUAAUAAACAAUUUGUAGCAUUUCGAUGCGAAAAUGAAGACUCUCCUAAAACUGUUUUGCAUAUUCACGUCGAAAAGUUACACGGUUCCAUGGAAAUCGGUUAUCUUCCAUUUUUUAUGGCUUUUAAACCAUUCGGACAAAUUCUACGUGUGAUAUCAUUCAAGAAAAACGACUCACGUCAUGCAUUUUUAGAAUACAGCAAUGCUAUUUCAGCUCAUGUUGCUAAAUUACAAAUGAAUGGUGUACCAUUAUUUCCUAUGGAGAGUAAUUUUAACAUUCUUCGUACUGAAUUUUCAAGGCAACAAACUUUAGAAAUUCAUCGAGAAGAUAAUAGUUGUAGAGAUUUUAUUCAAAAUCCAUGGAACGAAUCAGAUGAGUCAAAUCACAAUCACAUACUACCAAGUGUAGUAAAUGGGACCAAAAAUUUCCACGCUUUUCUUCCUUCCGUCAAAGGUGAAUUGGAUGCCUUCAGUGAAGAAAAAUUAUCAACUAUGGAUCCAGUAUUUUUAAGUGUCUUGGCUAAUCGACUCAUCAAACCGUUAUUGAAAGUAGCCGCAAGUAUAUCUGGUCCACAAGCUAAUUUAUUGAGAGCACAAGCAACAACACUAUCUAGUCUUACCUCUUUAAUAUCCGAAAAUAGAAAUCAUGAUUCAUUACCUUGGCCUUUGAUUCCUAAUCUACCGGCUAAAGAAACUUCUCAUCUUACAGGACAUUCAGUUCCCUUCUCACCAGUUGCCUUUGUAUCGAAUUUAAAUACUGAGAAAGUCAAUCCGGAUACAUUGUUCAUACUUUUUGGUGUUUACGGGGAUGUGCAACGUGUAAAAAUCCUGCACAACAAAAGAAGCACCGCUCUAGUUCAAUUCACAGAUGCUAAUCAAGCACUUCGAGCUGUGAAUUUCUUAAACGGUAUCCCAUUGUAUGGUAAAAUAAUACAUUGUGUUCUUUCAAAAAAUCCAACUGUUAAUAUGCCACACACUAAUCUACAAAAUCCUACAUCUGACGGUGAAAAUGAUAUAAAAACUACAUGUGAUUAUACUGGGCAUAAAUUGCAUAGAUUUAAACGUGUCAAUUCUCGUAAUCAUUUCAAUAUAUGCGCUCCAUCCAAAGUGCUACAUGUUACCAAUCUACCGGACUCAAUCGAUGACGACAGUUUAAAAAGUGUAUUUGAAAAUGGUACCGAUUGUCAUGUCACACGAAUUAAAUCUUUCAAAGCUGAUAAGAAAAUGGCUUUAAUAGAAUUUGCAAAUUUAGAAGAAGCUGUUUCAGCGUUAAUUGCAAUGCAUGAUUAUCCUAUAGAAGAGAAUAUGCAUAUUCGUGUCAGCUUCAGUAAAUCUGCUUUAUAAAAUGUAAUAUGAAGAAAACGUCAGAGGAAAAACGUUACUAGGAUGAAAAAAUUUCACAUAUAUAUCAUAAUUAAUCUGUUUUGUUUUAUAUGUAUGUGUUUUUUUAUCAUUACUUCAUUUCCUCUAACCGUUUAUUAUUAAUUCUAGUUGGUUUCUUACUUUGAAACAAUAUCUUGUUUAUUCCUUCAACUUACAUUGAACGGAUUCAUAAGUUUAGUUAAAAUAAAAACAAUAAUAAUAAAUGUAUUUUCGAUCAAUUAAUCCAGUGUUUGUUUUUCUAUUCUUGACACUGAAUACGUAGUAAUAUUUAGACCUACACAUUUUUCCUUAGAGAAUCAUUAUUGGUCGAAGCAUGGAAUAGAAUUUUCGCUUGCUCUUCUUAAUUAUAUUGAGUAAAGAAUAGUUUUUUUUUUAAAAAUGUAAAUAUGUGUUGGUAGAUUGAAUAGUAUAUCAUUAAUGCUGAAUGUAUUGUCUAAUAAGAGUCAGAUUCCGUUCUAGUUGCACGUAAAUGUCGAAUUCUUUUUAAUAAUGUGAACCAAGAAUAUUUAAAUCAGAAUAUUCAAUAAAAUGUUAUUU